CCACACACGCUGUACACAGACACACUUACAUACAUGGACAGCGGAAGGAGUCGCUUUAGAUGGGGGUUUUGCUGCCCGAAGACUCUCGAUCUCCCACAGCUGUCUCCCAGCUAAAAAGGGUGCUGCAAACGCGCCCUUCAUGAGUGGAAGUGAUAAGACCCAAGUGCCCCACAGGUCUUCUCUCACGGGGAGGUGCCAGCUCUAGAUAGUCUGUACCCCCCUGGGAGGAUGAACUCGCAGGAAAAUACGUCUACAAUAACCACAGCAGUUUCAACGCUUGUAUUAUCCAGAGAGGCACUCACCUUCUUCUCUACUUCACCUUUUGGCACACAGCUCACACACGGCUCAGGGUGUCGCGCAGACUAUGCAGCAGAGGAUGUACCGCAGCGACCCUCAUGGAGACGACAGAACCGAAGACCUUCAAUGUACAGCCGUUCACUACAGACGAACCAGAGGAAUUUUCCUACCCACAGUAUGACAAAAGCUUCGCAAGUUCCUUCUCGACGCCCGACGUGUGUUCGCCAGACUCGUCGUACCUCUCACUCCCUCGCACUCCAGGCUCCUUCUUGUCCUCGGUGGUCGUGGACGUCGGUUCGGACACCCUCAAGGCCGGGUUUUCGAGGGACGACUCCCCUCGCGCCGUCUUCUCCUCCUGCGUCACGCGGCCCCGUCAUGAGAAGAAGGCCCUGUACCCGAGGCCGUGGUACGCCGGGGACGCGAGGGUGCCCCGCGCGGACGUCUUCUCGCGCAAGUUCCCGGUCGAGAACGGCGUCAUCAGCGACUGGGACGACAUGACCAAGCUGUGGCAGCACACCUUCGAGAACGAGCUCAAGGUCGACCCCAAGGAGAACCCGCUCCUGCUCGUAGUCUCCGCCCACAACGCCUCCUCCACCCGCGAGCUCAUCCUCGAGACGAUGUUCGAGAGCUUCCACGUCCCGGCGCUGUACCUGGCCAACCCCUACGUGCUGGCCCUCUGCUCCUCCGGGCGGACGUCGGGCGUGGUCAUGGACUCCGGCGACGGCGUGUCUCACGCCGUGCCCAUCCUCGAGGGAACCAUCGUGCCCCACGCCCUGCAGCGCCUGGACGUGGGCGGGCGCUGCCUCACCGACUACAUGCUCCGGAUCCUGGCGGAGCAGGGCCACGCCUUCAAGACGUCCGAGGGACAGAGCAUCGCCCGCGAAGUCAAGGAGAAGCUGUGCUACGUCAUGACGAAUUCGUACCACUCCUUCCCCUUUAAGGAGACGUACACCCUUCCCGGCGGCGGCGUCAUCACCGUCGGGAGGGAGAGAUUCCUGUGCCCCGAGGGCCUCUUCCAUCCCUCGAACCUCGGCCUGCAGGGCAAGGGCAUCCACGAGGUCCUCAACUCUGCCGUCCUCAAGUGCGACCCCGCCGUGCGAAAGCUCCUCUACAAGAACAUCACCCUGAGCGGCGGAAACACGCUCUUCCCCUGCCUGGAGGAGAGGCUGCUGAAGGAGCUCGUCGGCCUGAGCCCUCCGGGAACCAAGAUCAAAAUCGUCGUGAAGCCCCGGCGGCACUUCGGCGUCUGGUGCGGCGGGGCGAUCGUGGCCUCGCACGCCAACUUUCAGAAGCUGUGGAUUUCCAAAGAGCUCUACGAUGAGGUCGGUCCUGCUGUCCUCAACCUGCGGAGCUGAUGGGGGGGAGGGGAGGCGCGGGGAGGCGGUCAGACUAGCAGGGGAGACAUUUUCAUUCCAUCAUUUACGAUCACAGUUUGUUCAUCAUCAUUCUUUUUCAAGUAGUUUAAUAAAAUUGUUGGCUUUAGUUCACGCUCCA